CAGUUGGAGAGGAUUCCCUUUCGCGGAUUCGUUUGAGGAGGCAGUCUCUGUGUUGGUCCCCCUUAGCCUUUUCAGUGUUUGAGCUUUCAAUUUCACCCCUCUUCAACUUUUCCUCUUCCUUUCUUCAUUACCUCUCCUUUCCCUAUAACUUUGGGAAUUCAAUUAUUGUUCCAUUGUCGUUUCUGGGUGUCGCUCUGCUCUCUCUCCACCUUUGUUGAAGGGUCAAAUUCUCUAAUCAAUCAUCCAGAUUUCCAGUUUUAUAAUCUUCUGCAAUUCAUGAGUUUUUGCUGUUAGCUUGGAAGCUUUCACUUCAACAUGAACAACCUUUGCUCUGAAGAUAGUGAUCAGAACACUGUAGUGGGUUUUGAAGUCCCAAAGUCCCCCGAUUCAACCUAUAAUAAUGUAUAUGUUGGGAGCGAAGACGAGGCACGUGAUCCACCACUUGUCCCGCCUCAUUUGCAGCACACCCUACUCAGCCAGCCAGCGAGUAGAGAUGCUGGUGAAACCCUUCCAUUGCCACAGAAUGUGAUUCUCAACCAUCUUUUUAUCGAAAACCGGGAGACUCCACGUUCCGUUGUGGCUCUUGGAUUCACACAUCGUUUUCAUUCAAAAUAUGUCACGGUUGUGCUUUACAAACCAGUUCAUAGAAGAGGAAGUAGCAGGGCUUAGUUAUGCAUAUACAUAAGAAAAAACUUUCACUAGAAUUAGUCCAUGGGACAUUGCUACAUGGGUUUAGCUGUAGAAAAUGUUUUAUGACAUUUGAUAAGUCAAUGAAGUUAGGGGUGGAAGCAUUUAACUUCACCUAGUAAAUGAAGGUUGACAACGAGAUUCUGUACCUGUAUUUUUUGAACUGUUUAAUGCAUUGAUUGAAAACAUUCAAGCAUAUGCAUCUUCUAGAUCUAGCUGUUAAAGAUUCAAAUACUUGUUGACAUGAAAUUUCAGUCGGCUAUCUUUUUUGGUAGUA